AUGGCACGAGGAGAUUGCUUGGAGUGUUGUGGGUCUUUUCAUACCUACCAGGAAAUUCGAGGGCUUUGUCAGCUCGAAAUGCUGUCAAGUGAUAGACAAUACUCGAUCUUGUUAUACUGGGAAAAGCGUGGCGUAACUGAAAUGUAUAAAUCGACUGAAACUCGAGAGCUUCAGGAAACAUGCUGCUCAAGCUUUGGUUCGGGGUAUAAGUCAAUCGACUUGACGAAAAACAAUGUUGUGAGCAAGGUUCGAUUGCAAAUUUGA